AUUCGAUGAAUGGAAUUGAUGGAGGGGGCCGAAGCGAUCGCAGGUGCGAGGCGUCCUAUCAGAGGGUAGUCAUUCAAGCCUUCAAGGUUGUGAACGGUGAUGAAACAGACAGCUAAAAGACGGAAGCCCAGUGUUUGACAAACGGCCGAGUCGAAAUGUACAAAAAACUGGCCGGUGGCCUGGUCCUGACCGCGUGUGGCUCCUAUUUGGCCGUGUCCGCCCUCGAGAACAACAAAAACAACAAGGUCGAUCCGUCAGCUUCUGCUGUCACGGUCAAUAAGUGUAAACGUCCGAUUCCUACCCGGGACCAUCAGAUACGCUCCCUCCGAGAAGAGACAUUCGACAUCCUUGUCAUCGGCGGAGGCGCAACAGGUGCUGGCUGUGCUCUGGACGCUGUCACCAGAGGGCUUAAAACUGCUCUUGUUGAAUAUGAUGAUUUUUCUUCUGGAACUAGUAGCCGCAGCACUAAGCUCAUUCAUGGGGGAGUUAGAUACCUCCAGAAAGCUGUAUUCAACCUAGACCACAAUCAAUACAACAUGGUGAAAGAAGCGCUACAAGAAAGAGCAAACAUGCUCAACCUGGCACCACACCUAACUCACGCUAUUCCAAUUAUGCUGCCACUUUAUAGAUGGUGGCAAAUCCCGUAUUAUUGGUCAGGUAUAAAAUUGUAUGAUUUUGUUGCUGGCACUAAGUCCGUAAAGUCCUCUUACUAUUUAAAUAAAAGUGAUUCCUUGGAGCACUUUCCGAUGUUAAAAAGCAAAAAUCUAUGUGGCAGUAUUGUUUAUUAUGAUGGCCAGCAGGACGAUGCCAGAAUGAACCUGGCUGUUGCAAUUACAGCAACUAGAUAUGGAGCAACAAUCGCAAAUCAUGUUAGUGUUCAGUCUUUGUUAAAAGAUAAUAACGGUUACUGCUGUGGAGCUGUCCUUAAAAACGAAUUGACCGGUGAAAAAUGGGAGUGUAAAGCCAAAUGUAUAAUAAACGCAACCGGGCCAUUUACUGACAGUAUUCGAAAAAUGGAUGAUCCGUCUGUCACUAAUAUUUGUUCUCCAAGUUCUGGUGUUCAUGUUGUCCUUCCUGGUUACUACAGCCCUGACCAAAUGGGUCUUCUCGAUCCUUGCACAUCAGAUGGUAGGGUGAUAUUCUUUCUUCCCUGGCUUAAUCACACGAUAGUUGGGACUACCGAUAUGCCAUGCAAAGUUUCACAUGAUCCCGCUCCGUCUGAGGAGGAAAUUGCAUUUGUACUCAAAGAAAUCAAAUCAUACAUUAAUCCGGAUGUGGAAAUGAGACGAGGAGAUGUUAUGUCGGCCUGGAGUGGAAUUCGUCCACUUGUAUCUGACCCAAACAAAAAAGAUACCCAGUCAUUGGCCAGAAAUCACAUUAUCCACGUGAGCCCAUCCAAGAUGGUGACCGUCGCAGGUGGAAAAUGGACCACUUAUAGAGCAAUGGCCUCUGAUACAAUCGACGCUGCAAUUAAAGCUGUCCCAUCGUUGAAACCCACUGUGCCAAAUAGUGUUACACUGCAUGUGACUAUAGAAGGAGGUGAUGCCUGGAAUCCAAUUAUGUAUAUACGUUUAGUACAAGACUUUGGCUUGGAGAGUGAAGUUGCCAAGCAUUUGGCAAAUGCUUACGGUGACAAGGCUUUUGCCGUUGCUAAACUCGCAUCCUUAACAGGGAAAAGAUGGCCCAUCAUUGGGAAUAAGCUUCAUCCUGAAUUUCCUUUUAUUGAUGCAGAGGUAAGAUAUGGGAUUAAAGAGUAUGCAGUGACUGCCGUCGACAUGAUUGCAAGGAGGAUCCGGCUCGCUUUCCUUAAUGUGCAAGCCGCGCAGGAGAGUCUUCCUAUCAUCAUUGACAUCAUGGCCAAAGAGUUGCAGUGGUCAGAAGGCGAGAUAAAGAGGCAAUUUGACCAAGCAAGUGAAUUUCUAAAAGUGCAAAUGGGUGGCCAAGUGAACAGGAUUUCUAGAGAACCGGCACCACAGAACCUCUCUCUUACAGAUGAAGAAAUAAAAAUAUAUACAAAUAGGUUCCAAAUGAUUGAUUCCGACAAUAAGGGAUAUGUAUCAAUAAAUGACAUAAGACGUUCUAUCAAGUCAUUUGGUGUCAAAAUCUCCGGUGAGCAGCUACAUGAGAUUCUUAAGGAAAUCGAUACCAACAAAAAUGGCCAGGUUGAACUGGAUGAAUACCUCAUGAUGAUGUCAGCAAUUAAAACUGGCAAAGUUGUACAUUCGAGAUUUGCUCUGGUGGCAGAAAAGCAUGAAGAAAUUUCCACCAACAUGCAAUCUGAAAUCACUGUUGAUAGAUCCUGUGGUGGGGUUUAAAAGUCUUAACAAAACACAUUUUGUUCCAGUAUUGUCAAAUAUACAAAUUGUAACUUAUUGUAACUUGUAAUUGUAACUUAUUUAACAGAAAGUUUUUAUGAAGUUGCGUGUAGUGUAUGUAAAACGAUUGACUGAAACAAAAGCGCUUUAUUCUGGCCCAUAUAUUUAUAAGAAAUUUCUUUAAAUUAUUGAAGUAGUUUUUUUACCAGGAUAGUGGUAGCCGAGUGGCCCCUGGCCUUUUUUUCAUGUAACACUUCAAAAAAAAAAUAAUAAUAAUAAUAAAAUGCUUAUGAUGAAUUACAUUUCUUUGCUAAUAUGCAAAGUUCAAAAGGCCAUAAAAUAAAAUAAAAUUAAAAUUAAAAAAUACUUGCUUUUUUAAAGUAUAAUUAAAAGAACAUAACAGUCAGUGAAGUCAACAAAUUGUAUUUUCUUACCUUUAUCUGAGUAAUAUUAAUUUUUGUUUGUGAAUUUCAUUCGGCUUAUUGACCUAACAUCAAUAAAAUCUAGUAGUUAACCAAUUUAA